AUGAGAGUCUCUCUUCAAAAUGCCUUGGUGGGAACCACUGACGGUGUUAUUGGCAUUUCUCACAGCAUGCCGAUCCCCGAAGUAUUUGGAAAUAGGGUCCUGAUCAAGGUCAAGGCAGUAUCGGUUAAUCCCGUGGAUUCCAAGAUGGCGGGCGCGUACAUUACUCCCGGAGCUAUCGCUGGAUGUGAUGUUGCGGGGGUGGUUGACAAACUCGGUCCCGAUGUCACCCAUGCCAAAGUCGGCGAUCGCGUGUGCACGUCAGUCAUGGGCAUGAAUCCUCUCAAUCCUACAGUUGGCGCGUUCGCCGAGUACACAACCGCCCUGGAUACGCUGCUGUUGAAGCUGCCGCCUUCCAUGAGCUUUGAACAAGGGGCCUCAUUGCCAACCAGUUUCUUUACGGCCGGCCUGAGCCUGUUCCACAGUUUAGAUCUCCCUGGCCGUCCGCUUGAACCCAGCAGCAAACCUACGACAGUCCUUGUUUACGGUGGCUCUUCCGCAACUGGUACUGCCGCAAUUCAACUACUUAAGCUUGCUGGUUUCGACAUAGUCACCACAUGUUCGCCACACAACUUUGACCUAGUUCGAGGAUACGGUGCUGGCACCGUCUUUGACUAUAACGCCCCCGAUUGUGCGUCCCAGAUCAGGAAACAUACGCGAAAUGGUCUCAAAUAUGCGUUGGAUUGCAUUUCCACCAUGUCGAGUAUGCAGUUUUGCUAUCAAGCCCUGGGUCGGUCUGGGGGCAAAUACACGGCGCUCGAACCCUACCCGGAGUCGAUUUCCCAGACGCGGAACAUUGUCAAAGCCGAUUGGAUUUUAGCCUUGCAGAUACUGGGCCACGAGAUUGCCUGGCCGGAACCCCAUCGCAGACCGGCUGAUGCUGCCGUAAUCGAAUUUGGAGCAGCCUGGGCCGUGACAUUGAAUAGGUUGUUGGAAGAGGGAGUCAUUCAACUUCAUCCGCUCAUUAUCAGGGAUGGUGGACUCGGAAAGGUCUUAGAGGGCGUUUAUGAUGUUCAAUCCAAGAGAAUAUCUGCGAAGAAGGUCGUUUAUUCUCUAUGA